AGGAUGCCAGUCUUCAGGGGGUAAAGAAGGGAGCUGAGCUGAUAUCCUGGGCCCAAACUGUGUCUGUUUCCUACUUCCUGCUGCUGGGGCUGCUGGCUGGAACUGAAGAGGGACAGGUCGAGGCGCAAUGAAGAAGAUGGCGGGUUUCCCAGAAUACUUCACAGCCAGACACUUCGUCAUCUUCCUUCUCUUUCUUCAGCUGCCCACUCUGUGCUCAGCUAGGUUUUCUGUGGUUGGACCUGCUGGGCCCGUCCUGGCCCGUUUGGGGGGAGUCGCUGUGUUACCCUGUCACCUGGUCUCCAAGGAAAGCGCCGAGAAAAUGGAGGUGCGAUGGUUCCGAACCCAACCCUCUAACAUCGUGCACCAGUUCAAGGACCAGAAGGACGUGUUUGGAGAGCAGAUGAAGGAGUAUCAAGGGAGGACGGAGAUGGUGAAACAUGCCAUCGACAAAGGGAACGUGGCUCUGAGAAUACGAAACAUUGGCCUCUCUGAUGAGGGAAAGUAUCACUGCUCUUUCAGUGGUGACACCGAGCAGGGUGAGACUACAAUGGAGCUCCAGCUGGUAGGUCCCUUAUUCCCGAGGGCCUAUCCACUGAAGGUGGCUCUAGCUGUGCUGCUGCCUAUUCUCGGACUGAUCAUUGCUGGGGGUCUUUAUGUCAUCUGGAAACAGCACAUGGAAAAAAAGAAACUCAGGGACGAGCUCAAGUCUAACCGGGAGAAGUUAGAAGCACGUAAAAAACGCUGAAAUUCUCUGAGGAUCUCAGCUCCCUCCUGCCUGGCGGUCCGGACUCUUCCUGGUCCAUUCCAGAAAGCCAGAUCCAGGGCCACUCCCACAACUCUUUGCAGCCUCCUCCUCCUCCUUCACCCUGCUGCUGUUAGGGCUCCAGCAGCCUCCUGGAACGCCUCUACCAGAGUGGGGGAACAAAAGGGGGCUGAAAACCCAGGAAGGAAUUGGGUAUCCCCAGCGAGACUGAUGUGGAUCAUUGGUUCUGAGCCCUGUGGGAAGUCAGCUUCCCUGAGGAAGGAGGAAGUGGGUGAAGGUGUCUACGCUGGGCAUCUCCAACCUGGGUCUGUGUCCCUGUCUCUGUUUUUGGAGGAAAGAAAGCAUUUUUCUCAAGGGAA